UUCGUUCGGAAAAUAUAUAAAAUCAUUUGUUUUGCCAUCGUUUGUCAGUCCGCUAGUUUCAUUCAAACAGUUCUAAUUGUUGCUAAAUUAAAAACAUGAAAGGUGUCUGUGCACUAGUGUUGCUUGCCACGAUCGUUGUGGCUGUUCAGGCGUUGGACAUUCCUCUAACCUGUCCGGAAAAUGACGAUAUUUUUCAUCCAGUUCACAUCCCACACUUUACGGACUGUACCAAGUUUUACAAGUGCUUCAAUGGCGACAAGUACGAGAUGGACUGUCCCGGCGGUUUGCACUGGAAUAUCGAGAAAGAUUACUGUGAUUUCCCCGAACAGGCUAAUUGCAAGCGACCGCUUCAAAUCGACCCUAUAAGUUUGGAUUAAUUGAUAACUAAAUCGUAAUGCACAAUAAAAACUUUGUGUUCCACAUUUGUGUGAUGCGAUAAAUCUGCCCGUCACUGUAUAAAUAAAUUUGAAAAUUACCGUUGUAUCACCCAA